ACUGUGGCGCGCUCACAUUUUAAGAUCGGUUCGUUCACCAGUCACCAUCCGCGGCAGUCGCACUUUCGUUACACGUUAGCAACCUCGUGUCAGAAGACUGGAUGAAAAUAUAGACUUUGUUGUAAACCGAUAUUUAUGGAUAUGCCCGCACUAAUAUAGCCUUGAUUUAUUAUUAUUUUUUUUUUACAAUUAGCCAGGAUUAAAAAUUGGUCGAAUCUGCCGCGAGCGUCGAAUCCGAAGAGACAACAUGGCGGUGCCAACAAAACAGUACGGGCUCAUCCUGCCUCAGAAAAAAUGCUUGACCAAGCCAACACGUCUCCAGAAACUUUCUGUGUUUGGCGAUGACUCCGAUGAUGAGACGUCCGUUGGCGAGAGUCUGCAAAAAGAAGCAGCUAAGAAGAAGACGAUGAGGCAGACUCAGCUGGAGAUGAAGAAGGCCUUGGAGGAGGACAGCACCGUGUACGACUAUGACACCGUCUAUGAUGAGAUCCAAAGACAAAGGCUGGACAACAGUAAAAAAGUUUUGUCGGCGGCAGACAAGAAGCCCAAGUACAUCCAUCAGCUGAUGAAGGCAGUGGAUAGCCGCAAGAAGGAGCAGGAACGCAGGGAGGAGCGCAAGAUCCAGAAGGAGCGCGAGGCUGAGGGCGGCCAGUUUGCCGACAAGGAGGCCUACGUCACUUCGGCCUACAAACGCAAGCUCGAGGAACAGAAGGACGAAGAGGAGCGCGAGAGGCACCAGGCUGCCAUUGAAGCCGCGUUGGACGUGAGGAAACAAAAAGACCUGAGCGGCUUCUACAGACAUCUUCUCAACCAGACAGUUGGAGAGGAAGCCAUCCCGGAACGCUUGGCCAACAAAAGUGAAAAGUCAGACGAUGGGAGGCUUCCAGACACAAGCCAAGACAGAGACAUGGCCCCAAGUCCCGGAAGCGACGGAGAGGACGCUCGCGAGAAGCGGCGCGGUUUCAGCAAGACGCCGCAUUCCAAACGCCAUUACAGACGCAGGUCGGCGUCGUCGGGCAGCGACGGCGAGCGGGACGCGCGCAGGAAGCGAGAGCCGGAGCAAGAACGGAGAGACCGAGAAGGCCAGAGUCAAAGAAGCGGACGCCGAGACGGGCCGAGGGAAAAAGACGGCGAGGGGAAGUCACACAAAGACUCUGGGGGAGAGGAAGAGAAGCCGAGGGAGGAAGAAGGCACCAAAGUCAGCAAGUUUGCCAAACGUUCCAACGAGCAGACCCUAAGCUCAGCCAGAGAUCGAUACCUCGCCCGCCAGAUGGCGCGCUCGGCCUCCAAGAGCUACAUCGAACGCGACGACGACUGACGUGGAGCGCCACCCCCGUCCGCCAAUCAAGCAACAAUAUGACGACCCACUAGACCAGUGCGGUCGGUGCCCGUGAAUCUUGUCCACAUUGCAUGGGAAUGUUUUGAAAGGGAAGUAAAGAUUGA